CCUGACUCACCAUUUCUGCCUGCCUUCUGUGUUCCUUCCUUUUCAUCUUCUGUGUUCCUUCCUCCACUCACUAUUUCCUGUGUUCCUUCGUUUUCAUCUUCUACAAAGACCAAUCGAGGAGUUUUUCGAUUCACAACUUGCAAUUACAUUCCUUUACUUUUCAUGGCUCUCUCGAUUUUCUUUCCGUUUCUUCUUAUUACAUGUUUUGCUGUGUUGUUAGUAAAUGCCUAUUCCCUGUAUCCUUCGUAUCAGAGUUGUUCUCCUUAUCAAUGCAACCAGUCCCUUAUCAAAUAUCCCUUUAAUGAGUGCGGCAUAACAGAUACUAUAUUGUGCGCAACAAACCAUACUACUAUAAAAGUUUCCAGUUAUAUGUCUGGGUUGUGUUCGGGAAACAGGUAUAGGGUAAUGGGAGGGAUCACAGAAUCAUCUUAUGCAACCAGAACCAUUCGUGUUGUUUGUGAAGAAAACCCUUUAGAUGCUUGCCAGAUGCCGGAACCUCCAUACAGGAGCAGUCUCAAUCAAGUCAACUGUUCGGAAUGCAGAAGCGAAGGCGAUUUAUGCUACUACUCCUUUUAUUCUCCGUUCUACAAAAUGGAAGAUGAAAGUUGUAUAAGCCAAUACACCUUUAUCAUUUCGAACGACAAUAGCUACAACAACAUCACUGAUGAAAAUAAUCUCUUGGAGCUCUUGCACACGGGAUUCGAAAUCAAAUGGAAUAUCAGCGACGAGUGUACUUCCUGUGAAAACUCCAGCGGCAUAUGUUAUAACCCAUAUUAUUAUAAUAAUUUUCAGGCGUGCAUUUGUUCUGACGGUCCCCACCAAUACAACUGUUUAGACGGAAUACUUCUAUACCACGAGAAAUGGCAGAUGCUCUCUAAAUAUAAAGCAGCGUUAGGUGCUAUCUCUGGUGCCUUCGUUAUAUCAAUCAUCGUCUUCAUUUACAGAAGGAUUAGACGAAAGAGAAAGGAAAGAGAGCAACAAGAGGAGCGAGAUAUAAGAAGGUUUAUGGAUCCCCUUGAUUCCAGACCUCCUUCAGUUGCAAACUUUUUACAAGCAGGAAUUCCCAACAAAUAUUCUCAUCGUCAGAUUAAAAGAUACACCAACAAUUUUGCAGUCAAACUGGGCCAAGGAGGUUUCGGUACAGUAUUCAAAGGUGAUCUUGCAAAUGGAUGUAUAGUAGCUAUUAAAAUACUUGAUAAAUCAAAACACAGUCAAAUUCAAUUUUUAAAUGAAGUGGCUACUAUUGGAAGGAUCCACCACUUGCAUCUUGUACGACUUUUGGGAUAUUGCUUGGAGGGCUCUAAAAGAGCUUUGAUUUAUGAGUACAUGGUCAAUGGUUCCCUUGAAAAAUAUAUCCAUGGGGAUGAUCAAAAUGUACUGAAUUGGAAACAAUUGUACUCCAUUGCAAUGGGCACAGCUCGUGCAAUUGCAUAUCUACAUGAUGAGUGUAGAAGCAAGAUUUUACAUUGUGACAUAAAACCCCAUAAUGUAUUGUUGGAUGAAAAUUUUUCGCCUAAGGUUGCAGAUUUUGGUUUGGCGAAAUUAACAGAUAGAGAAGAAAGCCAUGUCUCUCUAACGGGUGCUAGAGGAACCCCUGGUUAUGUAGCCCCAGAGGUGUGGUCUAGAAACUAUGGACCCAUAACUGACAGAUCAGAUGUGUAUAGUUAUGGUAUGUUGGUCAUGGAAAUGGUGGGAGGAAGAAAGAACUUUGACAUGAAAGCUUCCAGAUCCAGCAAAUUUUACUAUCCAGAGUGGGCAUUCAAACAGGUGGAAAUGGGAGAAUUUCAAAACCUGAGGGGAGAUAAUAUAACAGAUGAGGAAGAUGAAAUUGUAGCGAAGAAGUUGAGCAUGUUGGGACUGUGGUGCAUUCAGUACAACCCUUCUCACCGGCCUUCUAUGAGUAAAGUGAUACAAAUGUUAGAAGGAACUGUUGAUAUCACCAUGCCCCCACAGCCCUUUUCUAUCGAUACACCAGUCCAAACAGCAGCUUCUACUGAAUCGUCGUCUAGCAUUUGAUGUGUGAUCAAAUGAUCUCAUUCAUGGGAUCUCGUCUUUGUUGCAGUCCUCAUGCCGAUCUCAACCCUCAUGCCGAUCUCAACCGUUAGUAUUGGUAGCUACUUUCUUGUUUUGUUGUUUCAUCUUAGAUAUAUGUAAAUGAUUCACUUAUACUGGUAAACUCUUCCAGAUUUAAAAGUAUUAAUAGGAUUAUAAACUCUGGGGCAUCAUUAAAAACCCAUGUGCAAAUCUUUGUUUAGAAAGGAAUUAAGAGAAAGGCAGGGACACACUUUCCAUUCUCCAAUAUUAUAAUUCUCCAUGAAAUUGUGUGAUGCACAGAAAUAUGUUGGCUACUGGAAAAAUGGGUAGCAGAAAAGAUUGUCCAUCCGCAAUUAGUUCAUCCAA